UUCGGUUAUAUUAUAUAUAUUUUAUAAAACAUUCAUCAAAAUUCACAAUAAAAAAGACUUCAAAAUUGAUAACAGUUUUGUUUCUCCAUCUGAUUCAUUUUAAAUGAAAUAUGUUGCGAGUUUUGCCAAGUGAAAUACUCACUUUUAGACAAAGUGAUAAUUUCGAAAGUUACCUAAAUCUUUCGAAUUUGUCAUCGGCUCCAGUAACUUAUAAGAUUCAAACAACAUCACCAGAGAAAUUCCGCGUCAAACCACGUUGUGGUCUUUUACAGACAGGUGAAUCGGUUUCUAUCAAUAUUGCGCUAAAACCAGGUGAAAAAAUAGCCGAUGGCAUCGGAAGAGAUAAAUUUUUAGUUAUGGCGAGCCCAAUUCUCUUCAACAUCGAUCCAGCUCGACCAAUGACAGAAUUUUGGAAACAAAUGCCUCCUAACUCCGAUAUCAAGGAAUAUCGUUUGAGUUGUGCAUAUGAGAGCACAGCAGUACCUAUACCAUAUAGGAAAGGAACAAAAUCUGAUUACAGUGUGAAUCAAAGUGAUUACAUUUAUCUGAACGAUACAAACAAGAAUGUAUAUAGCUUGGAGAGACAAUUAAAUUACACCCAAAUUCUACAAAUUGUUAUAAUAAUAUUAUUAAUCCUUCUAUCCGCAUGCUUUGGAUUUUUAAUGAAGAAACAAUUAGAUUUUGAUCCACAAGGCCAAAUUGCUGCAAUUAUGAAGGCCGAAUUGCAAGAGUUUUCCUGUCCACUCAAGAAAAAAAUUUAAAUCUUAUAACAUUGUUUGGUGUGAUCUAAUAAAAUUGUUUUAGAAUAACUCCAGAAGUGCCAUAAAUCAUUAAUAAACAUAUGUAUGGAAUUGAAGCGGUUAUACGUUGAGAACAGCUAACAAAACUAUUUGAUCUUAAGUGGCUUGGGGGAUUAAUAUUGACUAAAAACACGUACAACAAAAAUUAAUACUGCAAUUUAGCAGAUAAAAAGUGAUAGACUACAAAUUAAGUUUUAAAUUUAGUAAUAAAAUUAGUUAAAUCAUAUUGAAAACGUGGACCCACUUAAGUUCUCAAUAUAGAUCAUGGAAUAUUCUAUAUUUAUAACAUGAGAGACUCCAUGUUUUUAAUAUGGUUUAAUUAAUUUUCACAAUUAAAACAACAA